GUGGAGGCCCAUCCAGUCGAGAAUCUGCUGGCUGAUCAGACUGAUACCCGAGUAAUCAUCCGGCUAAAUGUGCAUGUUGGCAAUAUAUUAUUGAUGGACCAAUUUGAAUGGGACUUAUCUGAACCUAGCAAUUCACCCGAAGAGUUUGCCAAACGGCUUUGUGCUGAAUUAGGCCUCGGCGGCGAAUUUCUAACGGCCGUCGCCUACAGCAUACGAGGCCAGUUAGCCUGGCAUCAACGCCUCUAUGCAUUUAGGUUAGCUAGAAUCAUUCAUUAG